CGUUUAAGUAGUUUUCUCACAUCCCACGAAGCAAAGAGCAAAAGGGUGAUGGACUACAGUUCCCAGAAGACUGCGGUCUCGCUAGCCUAGGCAACGCUACUGGUGUGUAGACGCCAAAAGAAGAUUCUGUGGUUGGAUCAGAGCAACAGGUGUCCUGACCUAAUCUGCAAAGAAAAGUUCCCUGUUGGGGAAGGCAAGUCCAGGACGAUGGAAGGAAAGGCGGUACCUGAAAAACAGGUGUUUGCGGCACUCACCUAGCAGCUUUUUGACACUGACUUUCCAUUAUUCGGGAACUGAGCUGUCCUCUUUUCGCGGGUUAUUCAGGCCUCUACCUCGUUGAGACCACCCACCUUUAUUUCUGAGGCCUUCCCUGCUUAUUCUCAGGAUUUUCACUGCAAAGAUGGCCUCUUUUAAUAAAUGUAUCAAACUCAUAAUUGAACAAUUGGACAAAUUUAAUCCUGAAACUGACAGUCCUGAGCAUGUCCUGGAAGAGAUGUCUGCCAUCUUGCAGACUCUCAAUAUUAAAGAUGAAAGCUUCAUUUUGGAAGUUGUCUCUGGAUGUCUUGAAUACAAGAAGUUACUGGAAGUGGUAGUCACUGCAUUUUAUGCACAUGCUGGGAAGAAGUGUCUGUGGUCUGAUUACAAUCUCUUUACAGUUAUUUGUUACCUAUCUACUUUUUGCCUGGAUAAAAUUGGUCUUCAGCCCUUCAGUAAAAUUAUCAAGUCUCUGGAUAGUAUCAAAAUGCAUACGUUUCUCCAGUUUUUCUUCAACAUCGUGAACUUGACCACAUGGAUAAAAGAUGAAUGGAGUUUAAUCUAUGAUGGUUCUUAUGUAAAGGAAACCUGGAUUAAGCCAUUGUUGAAAUGGGAACCAGAAAUACAAAUACUGAUCAAAUACCUGAACAAUGUAAUAGAGAACAGGUCAGUCCUGCACUUGGAUUACCCAAAGUUAACCAGGCCGAAGGAGUUUAAUUUGACCGUCCCAAAGCCCCGAGGCAUUCUAGUUCCUGAUAUACUUCCUGGUAUGAAGAAGCCAGAACCGGUACCUCGGAGCACAUAUAACCGUCCAAGGAUACCGAAAGAACUUGGUGUAAUCAAGCAGAAGAAUCGCCAGAAGGCAGAGGCAUUACUUCUAGAAGCAAACAUGGAUGCAUACAGUUGUGCAGUCUUCGGACCAGAAAAAAGAGAGGAAGCAGAAUUGAAUCAGCUUCCUGAUUAUAAGUUCAAGGUAUCCAGUAAAACCAAGUCAAAACUUCCACUGGUUUUCUAUAAGCCUGACAACAUCCCUGUGAAACUCAAUGCCGCUGCACUCUACAGAGAAGAGGCCCUAUACCAACAUAAAGCAGAGAAGGAACUUCGCAGGAUCGAAGACCUCUUGCAAGGAUACAAAGGCUUCUCAGAAUUUGUAGAACGGCAAAAGAAAAUACACGAGAAAGAGUUAGAGGAGAAGCUGGCUAAGACAGAGUACCAGAGGCUACUAGGGAAGUUAAGCCGGGAAGAGGCAAUUAUACAACAUCAGAACCUAAUUAAGGAGAACAAUAAGAAAGCCAAUCAGAAGAAAGAAAUGAUAGCAAGGCUGAAGAAUGAGUUCAAGAAGCAGUGCCUCAAAGAAAAAAAUAAAAGGAAAAAAGUGAUUGAACAAAUAACAGAGGGCCACAAAAAUGUGAAGACUGUCCAAGCGAAGCUUCGGAAAACCAAGCACCAAUUAGCCCAGGACAUGGCUCAGGAGAUCAAGCAGCUCCAUGAGAAGAGGAUGGAGAUUGACAAUGAAGAGAACAAGAGAAAAUGUGAACGGACCCAUGAACUCCGAUCAAUUGAGUCUCUUCCUGUGAUAAAGGACCGGUUUAUUGACUUUACCAAGGAUGCUGGUCAUGGCCUCAUUGGGGAAAUGUCCUUGGUAGAACUUCAGGAACGGCUACUGUUGCUGAAGCAACAGCAGAAAAGAGAUGAAGAAGAGAAGCGUGACCAGAUCAUCCGGGAAAAGCAAGCUAAGAUGAAUAAGCUUCUGGAAAAGGCUGAACAGAUCGCUAUGUGCCGAGAAGCCUGUGGAAGAGCAGCAGCAUUAAAGAAUGAGGAAAAAAAAAGGCUUGAAUUCCAUACACCCAAAGUUGUCAGUCAAGAUGAGCGCAAUUUAGAGCUGAAGAGAAAAAUCCAGGUGAUGAUGGAACAGCGCCAACAGCAGGUUGAUAGCCAGAAGGCUGGACCCCAGAAGGCCAAGCCAGAGCUAGAACCAUGGCUCAGGCCCAAGACUCCUUUCGAAGAACGCCACUGGAAAAUGUUAGAGGAGAGUCGGGAAAAGCUUUACAAGAGACUCCAGAGAAACACAGCCACCAGAGAGGUAGAGCAGAGAGAGGAGUACCACGUGUCAACCCUGAGUGGAGCUUUGCCUUGCAUCCUGAGGUCUUAAAAUGCCACCUACUUUGUUCUGCCCACAGUCCCUUUCAGAGCUAGACUUCAGCCCUGGGCAAGUUGGAUACACAGUGAAGGUAGCCAGUCGGCCUCCCAGAACAUUCAAGGGCUGUUACACAGAUAGGAGGGAUAAUAAGUCAGGGUGGGGAAAUGGUGGGCAUAAAGAAAUAAAGGACAUUGGCUAGGGAGUCCCAGAACAUCCACUGGGUGGCUUCUGAACCAGUCACAUUCUGUCAAUAGUUAUCUUGAGGAGUUAAAAUAUGUGAGGGUAAAAAGUGAGCCCCACCCCCCAGUGUCGGGCAGUCUCACCUUUUUUUGUGAGCUAUUUCUGACCUCGCUCCCUCUGCACCCUCCACGAUCCAUACGCUGGGGUUCUCUCCCAGACAGAUGUUCUGUUGUAGGAAUACUUUUGCCAUAUACCCUGCUGAGCCUCCCUCUUUGUUUCUCAGAAGGAAACUUGUUUGUAGGGUUGGUGGUUCACAUGGCCAAUGUACUGAUUUGUUUAUGCUUAGUGAUGUUUGUUAUAAAGUAGGAUUUUCUUGUGAGUGUGUGGGGGGGUAUUGGGUAGUGAUAAAUAUGGAAAAAAAAGUCAAUAAAAUGUUUUUUUUUAAAUACACAAAAGAAAACAAAAAUAAGUCCAGAAGAGCAAGGGGGACUGCUACUCAUUUCCCUUACAUGCACUAGGCUUCUCUCUACCUGAUUCUUUCACUCACACUGUUCCCUACAGCCUGAAUGAACUGAUGCUCCCGCCCCAUCCCAUCCCAUCCUGUCCCAUCCCAUCUCUACCACACAGCUGUGGUUUAUUGGAAAGAGGACUGGUUUUAAGAUAAGACGACUUUGGCAGGAAUCCUGGCAAAGCCACUUAAUUACCUGGAUGACCUCAAGCCAGGCCUUCAUUUACACAUCUUUAAAAAAAAAGGGGGGGGGGGAAUGGGGGCAGCUAGGUGGUGCAGUGGAUAGAGCACCGACCCUGGAUUCAGGAGGACCU